CGCGCCGUUGCGUUCAGCUUCGGCUAAUGGCGGAAGCAUUCGUUUGGGAAGUGUACUGUGAGGAGCGAAAAUCCAUCUCAAUCGCGCAAACUGACUUGCCAUCCUGCAAUAACGGAACUGGACCAAGUAAAUAAGCAACUUAAGAUUAUUUAGUGGCCAUGUAUGACCCCGAUGAGGGUAAGAACCGCGUUUCUGAUAAAGUUGUUUUUAUUGACCGACAAAAACAAUUCUGUCAACGCACGCAGUUUCAUCGUAACUUCUUGCAUUUGUCGUAGAUAUUGCUUAUGGGGAGGAUGAGGGAGAGGAAAUAACUCGGGAUCUGUGGCAGGAGGCCUGCUGGAUCGUCAUCAGUUCGUAUUUUGACGAGAAGGGCCUCGUUCGACAGCAGUUGGAUUCUUUUGACGAGUUUAUUCAGAUGUCUGUGCAAAGAAUUGUCGAAGAUUCCCCUGAAAUUGACCUCCAGGCGGAAUCACUUCACAUGACUGCAGAUACAGAAACUCCAGUAAGUUGCAUUUGGCAUUCGCACUACCAGUUCCCGCAGUUUUUGCAAAUGAGAAACAGAUUUGAUGAUAAUUUGUAUCAUGCAUUUGUUGUAUUACCACAAAUUUGUGGCUGUGUAUAAAACUGGGACAGGGGCAUGGGGACGGGGACAUUGAGACGCGAGUGUGGGGACCUGGGACAUGGGGAAGCAAGACGAGGGACUUGGGGACAUCAAGUGGGGGACGCGGGGACAGGUGGGACGGGGAUGCUGUACGUGAAAUACAGGGACAUGGGGGACACAAGGACAUUAAUGAUAAUUGCAAAAGUCAGAGGUAAAUGUUAUUAGAUUCCAUCAUCCAGAACCACAUUUUCCUUACUCUGUGUGUUGUGAAUUACGUGUCAUUUGUCUAGUUGCCUUGUAACAAUACAGGGAACAUACGAGUACUUUGUUAGUCCCUUGGCCCUUUAUUUUGUCAUGGUCUCACUGUACUGGCAGUAGCCAACUCUCACUUCAGUUCAGAGCUCUUGAUUAAGUUUUUAACAUUAUACUCGUAUUUUUUCAAUAGCCCCGUUUCUUGCUAAAAUUUGAACAAAUUUACCUGUCCAAACCAACCCACUGGGAGAAGGAUGGUGCCCCAAGUCCUAUGAUGCCAAAUGAAGCAAGGCUCAGGAAUUUAACGUAAGUUCUACCAGUAUACCUCACAUUGUUCCUGCUUAAAACUUCAUACCAGCCAAGGUAAAGGUGCUUGCUGACAGCAAAUAAAUGAUAUUAUUGGAUUUGGUUUUUGUGAUAAUACUUACCAAGACCUUGACUAUUACAGAUAUCACAAAACCAAAUGUAUAAUUAAUAUUAUUUGAUUGUACACUGUUUUGAAGAAUAUUAUUGAACUGAAAUGCUGCAACAUAAAACACUUAGACUUCUGCCAUACCUGUAACAUCUGUUUUAAAGGGACUGGUUCACGAUAAUGUGCAUGUGUGAAUUCUGACAGUAGCUGAUUGUUUUUAAACCAAUCGGAAGCGAGUUAGAUGCACGCAAGUAAAUUUACAAAAUUCAAAUUCAUUGUUCGCGACGCGAGAGUAUUUCCGCACAUUUGGUUUGAUUUUUAUAUCCCCAUAAUUCAAGUUUAUUCUUUGAUGUUGCAGCCGAUAAGAAUAAGAUUUACAGCCCUGUCCUGCUUUGAAACAAACAUUUACCAACGUGUAUUUUUACGAGGUCGUACCCACACUAACAAAGCAGUCACCAAUCGGCAAACAAAAUUUGUAAACAAACAUUUUAUUACUGUUCUCUCAGUUCGCCUUAUAUAAACCCAGAUAUACCGACAAAUAGCGCCUGACCAGUGACAAAAACACACAACGUAUGAGUAUAAGGAUUAUCCUUGACUGAGCAUAAAUUUCAAUUGCUUAUCAGCAAAUGAACAAAUUCAUUCGCGUUGCAUCGGGUCAGUGUUCUGCAAAACAAAUGUUAUCGAGUAUAACGCAUGAAGAAACUGGAUUAUAAACAGAAUAUUCAGGCAAUAAUUUAUUUUAAGAACAUCAAUUUUUAAUCAUAUACGAUUGUAAAGCAAAGAUACAAGGAACAUUUCAAGUGUACAAGAUCGGUGAAGAUCGCUUGGCCUGUUGCGGUAUAACUACAGGUCGGAGUCAAAAAUCAAAUCAAAGUUGAACGAACUUGUGCGUUUAACCACUUUCCAAGUGUGGUGUAUUCUUUUCGUAAGCCACACACUACUCCUAGAACCAUACCAGAUCGACUGGCUAAGCUUCUCUAUCUCCAAAGACUCUUGAGAACAUCCUGUUGCCGGACGGCCACGAUGCUCUUCUGAACCUCCAUGAUCAAAACAUUAUUUUUUGUGUCUUCUUAAAACGUAACCAGUCAAACAACAAAACCACUCGUUAAUCACCACUACUGAAGUAUAACUAGGCCAGCCAAAGUGACAGAUGUCGGAAUAAAACGAAGGAUUUUCAAUGAUUGUACCAGUAAUGGUGAUUUUGAAUUUAGUGUUGACCCAACAAAUUUAUUCUGAAGAGACAAACGGCACGCAUGCGCAUAACCAUGAUUGCGUCCCUUUAAUACUUCCAAAAGAAAAGAAAACUUGAAAGAAUUGUGUUGUUGUGUUCCUUAAGGUGGCUCGACUGGAUUUUUUUAGGGCGAUACCUCCCAAGUUUGAGCCUUAACUACGUCGGCAUGAGUAAAGAUAUCGAAAAAAGGUUACCACAACUGUAUUACAUAAAGAUGAAAAUUUCUUAUGAUCUGGGUUUUAUUGCAAUCGGAGUCGCCAUGGCAACGUAAUGACGCCAUUACGUUUUUCAUUUAUCCUUGUGUUUCUCUGUACCAGGAGUUUUUUGAAGAAAUCGCUUAAGGGAGUAUGUACCUGCCAUAAUUGCCUCCACUAUGGCAAAGUUUAAAGAAAUUCUAUGAGAGUGUUUUCGAAAUAUUUUGAAAUACACUUUUAAGAAUCAUAAAAACAGUGAAAUAGCAUGCUAGCCGCUCAAUUCGCUAAUAUAUUAAGAAAAUGAUAAGCUUUGGGAACGCGGCUUCAUCUCAUAGUAGAUUGAUUCCAUUGAAAACUGCAUACGAAACAUAUGAAACUUGAAAAUGUGCAUAUGAAACUUGAAAACAAUGUCAGUGAAUAAUGAAGACGCUCACUUGUAAACACAAAAUCUGUGGGGAAAAUUGGCUAUAUUUGAGGCCCUAUUUAAAAGCCUUCCCUGUUUUCAAUGUUCUUGAAACUUGCAGGGAAUAUUUCUUAACGAUUGAUCUCGGAAUUGUCAAAUUUAUAAAAAAAAUUAUCGAGCGGUUUUUGGAAAAAUGCGAAAUUCUUAGGCAUGGACCAAAUUACCUCCAAAAACUGUAUCAAAAGCAGCUGAAUGCAAGUUAAUAUAAUUCUUCUUACUCGCGAUCGCCCUCUUUUUUUGUAUGCAGUUUUCAAUGGAAUCAAUCUACUAUGAGAUGAAGCCGCGUUCCCAAAGCUUAUCAUUUUCUUAAUAUAUUAGCGAAUUGAGCGGCUAGCAUGCUAUUUCACUGUUUUUAUGAUUCUUAAAAGUGCAUUUCAAAAUUUUUCGAAAACGCUCUCAUAGAAUUUCUUUAAACUUUGCCAUAAUGGAGGCAAUUAUAGCAGGUACAUACUCCCUUAAGCGAUGUCUUCAAAAAACUCCUGGUACAGAGAAACACAAGGAUAAAUGAAAAACGUAAUGGCAUCAUUACGUUGCCAUGGCGACUCCGAUUGCAAUAAAACCCAGAUCUUAAGAAAUUUUCAUCUUUAUGUAAUACAGUUGUGGUAACCUUUUUUCGAUAUCUUUACUCUUGCCGACGUAGUUAAGGCUCAAACUUGGGAGGUAUCAACCCCAAAAAAUCCAGUCGAGCCACCUUAAUUUCAGGUGAAAUAACCUUAUCUAAAUACAUGUAGCAGUGAUCACACUGUAAAGUUGACGUGAAUUUUUAUCUUUCAAGACCAUUCGUAAGCUUCUUGUUCAAAUUUUCGUACUAACAGUUUGUAGACUCUAACUUAACCUUAUGUUAUAAAGUCUACAAGCUGCACUAAAACUAACUUACCUGUGCACUAGAUGCAAUUAUUGGUACAGUACAUUUUGUAGACACCAUAUUAUGGUGUCUUCAAAAGCCAGGUACAUGCAUGAACACAUAAUGUUUAGUGAACAUAAUGAGGCACAUUCAGUGAACUAUAAUAAUUCUGUUGUUGCAGUAUCACUUCAAAAAUGUAAAUGUAUUUCACAUGUCUACAAUAAAUCUUUGUUUUUUGUUUGUUACUUUUUAGCUAUUCAGCUCCUCUGUAUGUAGACAUCACAAAAACAAUGAUCCGAGAAGAUGAAGAUCCCCAAGUUACACAGCACAAUAAAAUGUUCAUCGGCAAAAUCCCCAUCAUGCUGCGAUCAACCUACUGUCUCCUAAGUGGUCUUACUGAUCGUGACUUGACGGAACUGAAUGAGUGUCCUCUUGAUCCAGGGGGUUACUUUAUUAUCAAUGGAUCUGAGAAAGUACUCAUUGCUCAGGAAAAAAUGGCAACUAACACAGUUUAUGUGUUCUCAAAAAAGGACUCAAAGUAUUCGUUUACUGCAGAAAUCAGGUCAUGCCUGGAACAUUCUUCGAGGCCGACGAGCACAAUGUGGGUUUCCAUGUUGUCAAAAGGAAGUCAGGGAGGGCGCAAAAGUGCCAUUGGUCAGCGGAUUGUUGGUUCAUUGCCAUACAUCAGGCAGGAAAUUCCAAUCAUGAUUGUGUUCAGAGCUUUGGGAUUUGUGGCUGAUCGGGAUAUUUUGGAGCAUAUUAUUUAUGAUUUUGAUGACCCAGAAAUGAUGGAAAUGGUGAGACAUAAAAGUUGUAAUAGGUUAUUUGCACAACGAUGUUAUUUUACUACCAAGACCAGAAUCCUUCAGGGAUUAGCUUUCUGGUCUGGUGCAAAUUAGGUUUUUUGUUACUUUUUUUAAACCUCGCUGGGAUUACCAAAUUUAAAUAUGACAGGAAAAACAACAAGGAUCACAGGGUCAUGGUAGUAAAAUGAUGGCAAAUGGCCUAUUUAUUUUGAGCAAAUGCUUUAUACAAGUAAUGUGUUUAUGUACUAUGUACAUGCUAUUAGAUAGCACAAAAGACUGCCUUCCUCUCUGGACUGAGCCAUAAAAUGCCAGGUCAAACGAUACCUUGAUCUUACAUGUAUAUGAUGUGAAAAGCUACCUUUGUAUGAGACAGGUUGCAAAUCAAUAAUUUUUUAUUUAGCUAGUUGACAUGCAUGUGGAAUAUCUAAUAACCCUUUGAGUCCCAAGGAUGAUCAACAUUCAUUUUUCCCUUAACAAUCUCAGUCUGAGAGAAACAGGAUAUGAGAAUUUAUAAAUGGAAAAGUGAGAGUACUGAGAAUUAAGAAAAAUGUUUGAUAUUUAAAUAAAUCCUCUCAACUAAUGUCUUUAAGGAAUGUAUGGACAUCAGUCUGGAGAAGUUGUCUGUAGAUAUUGUGGCUUAAAGGUUUAAUAGAGAGGUUUUGGAUUGUGUUGUGCUCACCUCAGUCAUUGCCACCUGACCACCAUUAACCACCAUUAAUAUCACUAGCAAAGGGUUGGCGGGAAGGGGGGGUGGGGGGGGGGGGCAAUGAUGGCCCAGUUCAAAUUCCUGGGGGUACAGUGUAUGUAACACGAGGGGUCAUAGUUAGCAGUGUUGUCAUGAUUCCUGCUGCACUCACUUGUGAGAUAUACUUCUUACCACUCCAGGCCAGUCAAAAUGGUCUACAAUAGUAGGCAAUAUAACCACCUACAUGUAAACAGUAAAAAAAGACCAAAAAUUGUGUGGUUUUUAUUAAUUUUAUUAUUUAGUACUAAUAACCCUAAGUGUUGAUUAAGCAGCACGUUAUUCCACUGAAAGCAUGUAAUAAUGUACUGUGUUUGUACUCUGUAGAAACAAUAAAGGGAGAAUCUAACUUGGGGUCUUACUCCAUGCUCUCCCAUUGAAAUUAAGUAAUAACUUUAACUUCAUAAAGAAGUACAAUGUACAUUGUAAUCCUGGAUGAUAGUUUUAAUGUUGUGUCAUGUCUGUCAAGGUCAAACCAUCACUGGAUGAAGCAUUUGUUAUUCAAGAGCAGAAUGUAGCUCUUAAUUUUAUUGGUGCCCGUGGUGCCAGACCAGGUGUGACAAAAGAGAAGCGUAUUAAAUAUGCCAGGGAAAUUCUGCAGAAAGAGAUGCUUCCUCAUGUUGGUGUCAGUGAUUUCUGUGAAACUAAAAAAGCUUACUUCUUAGGGUGAGUAAAAUAAUACUCUCUGCUGUUACUUUCACAUUUACACUUGAAUUGAAUAACUCUUGUAACUAAAUGCUGUGAAUGGUGACAUGUAAAUGAAGGUAUGCAUUUUUCCAUUGUUAAGAAAAUUUUCUUUACAGCUGUAAUGAUUAAGCAAUAGCAAACGCUUUCCAUGUUUGCAUGGCAAGAGAGUGGUUGGGUUCGUUUUAGGUUUUCAUAGCUGUCUCGAAUUCUCCUAACCCAUGGAGUGUUUCUAUCAGGCUAUGCAGAUACAGGAAAAAAGUUUCCUGUUGCUUUUAUUCAUUAACUUUCCCGAGAAAAACUGCAAAACUCUUUCUUAUGGGUCUGAUGAAAGGAGAAAUUCUUACCAGUUGCAAAGUCCUGUACUCGAAGUCCUGCUUGCAUAAUCAGUUCUUGUUUUGGAAAAAAAGAUGCUUUCAAAAAUAUGGAUUUUUCUCGCUUAAAAUGUCACCUUAAGCAUAAAAAAUUGACACAGCAGGUUUGUAAAGAUUUUCCAAGUUUCAGCCGAGGAGGGAAUGGGUAAAUAAAGUAGACUUUUCGAGUUUCAACUCAAAAACUUUUUCAAAUUUCUGCUUGCGUGAUUAGCGCAUGAAAAGCAAAACAUCUUGACGUCACAACCAGAUUUACCUACUCUCAUGCAAACAUGCCGCUUGGCCAAUCAGAGCGCGUGCACUAUCUUAGUUAUUUUAUAAUGAUUAUUAUAAUAUAAUAAUAAUUAUUAUAUUAUAAUAAUCACAAUGGAAGCAAUAAUAAAUUAUAUUCCAACAGUUGUGCAUAAUUAUUGUAAAAAAAUUGUAUAGAGAAAUUUAAUUUCAAAGCCAUUUAAUUUACAUUGCUUGCCAUGCACAGUUCUGAAACCUUUAACAUGUUGGGCUCUUUGAAGGGCAUUUAUAGUCCACAAUGCUUGAAUUUUAUGUGUUGAUGGCUUUGGUUUCCAUUAGGGACCAUUUUAUGAGUGUUUGAGAUAAAGAAUGUUUUUAAUUUUUGUACAUGUACCUUUACAUGGACUCGUGGCAUUAACUUAUUAAACCAGUUUGUUUUGAUGAUUUUAAAAGAUCUAGUCAGUCCUUGAAAAUCUAGUUCCAUGUUUUUUAAGGAUGAUUUUUCACAGUAACUAACAGACUUGUUUUUUAUACAUGUAGCUACAUGGUACACAGAUUGUUGCUAGCAGCACUUGGCCGAAGAGAGCUGGAUGAUCGUGAUCACUAUGGCAACAAGCGGCUUGAUUUGGCAGGGCCAUUAUUAGCUUUUCUUUUCAGAGGGUAAGUACCAGGUUAAAGCCAGCAAAGUACAGUAAUACAAAAUUAUACAUUGUAGCAAAGGGCACAUGAUAUCACCCAAUCUUAUCAGGGAAAUUUUAUUAAUACUGUUAACAGUAUCAUGCCAAGUUGUAUACCACCAUUGCAUUCAUAAUACGUGAAAUUCAAUUUCAAAUACAUUUAUAACCAGGCAAAAAUAUUGUCACGGAACAUGAUAUAUUUUCAAUGGGUGGCUUCAGAAAUGUGAGGUUCUCAACAGAUUUUAUCACAAAUGGCUAAACUGUAGGAAGAGGUGACUGAUCACUUAAGUGCUGAAUACGAGGCCUGGAGGGCCAAGCUUCUAGGGGGAUUUAAGAGCAUGCUCCCCUGGAAAAUUUGGGAAUUAUCCUAGGAGGUGUGAUUUCCUGCUUUUGGACUUAUAGUAUUACUAGCUGAAACCAUUGUACAUGUAAAUGACUUGUCUAAUGAGCAUAAGAUCUACAGUACUGCUCAAAAGUAAGUUGACAGUCACUCAUGUCUUGAUCCUUGAGACUCGAGGCUCGAUUUGCCAUUCUCGAAACUUUCACGAAUCGAGUCUAGAGUCUCAAGAAUCGAUUCCCAAGUGUCUAGAAUCGAGAGUCUAGUUGAGACAUUUAAUUAGCUUGUUGCUUGACUGAUCUCUCGAGAAACAAAUUCAUCAAACAGACCGCUCUCUGUCAGUGCCAAUUUUUGCUGUAUGUGAAUGGCUACUGUUAUUUUUCUCAAGAAAUAAAUUGUUUUCUUGCAACCCUUGCAAGUGAUGCAUAUUCAAAAAUCCAGGUUUGUCAAGACUUGAUUCUCAGCUACCUUGGGCUCCCACCUUUUAAUGCUCACAGGCAGCAGAAUUCUGCUAGUAGGGGGCUUGUACUGAGAACCCUAAACUACUAUACAUUUAAUUUUUGUAAUGUUAUGCAUAAUUUAUCAUAGACUUAACAUGUAAUCUCAGAAAUGUCCACUUUCUUAUAUGCUUUAUACAACACAGCAAUAAUUAUUUUAUAACAAGACCAUUAAUUUCCUAUUUUAAUGAUGAUUCUGUCAGGCUAUUCAGAAAUCUUAUGAAAGAAGUGAGAAUGUAUGCCCAGAAGUUUAUUGACAGAGGAAAGGUACCUGCCCUUAAUUUUAACAAUAUUAUUUAAAGGAAGGUUGUUACAUAGAAUAAGUAAAAUAUUAUAAGCUUAUAAUUACGUGUAAUAAAGUGGCUAAAGCCGUUAAACAGUGCUCAAUACACUUUUUAAGUGUAGAGCUUUGAAUAAGAAGAUAUAACGAAGAGACAAAAUUCUCUGUUACUCCGAGUUUCGUGCUCACGCACUCAUCAGACAGUAUUUAAUGGACCAUUAAAUACUGUCUGAUGAGUGCGUGAGCACGAAACUCGGAGUAACAGAGAAUUUUGUCUCUUCGUUAUAUCUUCUUAAGCUUAUAAUUAUACACGUACAUGUAAGGCAUAUCUUUAUUCUUCUGCAUGGUUUGUCAAAGAAGCGUUUAUAGUGCAUAGUGAAUACUCAUGACAUAAGUUCUAACACCAGCUUGACAUGCUUUGCAGUUUCUUUUUUUAAAUAGGCUUCAUACAUUUUUGGCUGAGAGAGGUCAGCUUGUUGGAUUUGUAUAUCCAGUGGUCCCUGGUUCAAGUACAGUACCUCACUGACUGUUGGCUAAAAUUGUUUCUUCAUCAUCUUCAAUGCAAAUUCUUUUUAAUGCUUAUAAAAUAGCCAACUUGUUACCUCAUUGCAGUUGGGAUUGUUAAUCACGUUAAUGAUUAAAUAUAAAAUUUUGCAAAUACACUGAGCAACAUCGAUUUAACAAAAAAGCUUACACUGUAGCUAACUUUCUAGGGUAAACAUACUUUAUUCGUUGCUACAAUUUCUGGUACCUUGGUGUCAUUAUUCUUACAGGAUUUCAACAUCGAACUGGCCCUUAAACCAAAGGUGAUAACAGAUGGGCUGAGAUAUUCUUUGGCAACAGGAAAUUGGGGUGAUCAGAAGAAAGCUCACCAGAGUCGUGCUGGAGUAUCACAGGUUCUCAACAGACUGACGUUUGCCUCAACUUUAUCCCAUUUGCGACGUCUGAACUCUCCCAUUGGCAGAGAAGGCAAACUUGCUCGACCUCGUCAGCUGCAUAACACCCACUGGGGUAUGAUAUGCCCUGCUGAAACCCCGGAAGGUCAUGCUGUAGGUUUGGUAAAGAACUUGGCAUUGAUGGCGUAUAUUUCAGUUGGUUCACAACCCAGCCCAAUCUUGGAGUUUCUGGAAGAGUGGACUAUGGAGAAUUUGGAAGAAAUCACACCAUCAGCCAUCGCCCAGUGAGUUUUUCUUACACUAAGCCCAGUUGUUCCAAGACCAAUUAUUGGUGCCAACCUCACCUGGGUUAAAUUUUAACCUGGAUAUCUUUUUUUGUUGAUUAAAAGCACUUUCUGGAAAAUUUUCUGUAUUCUUGUUAGAGUAUCCAACCAUCAAACUGUAGUUGGAAAGAAUUAGACUAAAUUUGCUUUUUAAGCUUUUAUAUCUGAAUUCAAAUUUCCCAUUAACCCUGGGUUAUGUUAACCCAGCUUUGAAAAACCUGGCCCUAAUGUGUAACAAAUUAAUCUUGAACAUUUGGCUACUGCACUUUGUCACUUUUCUCAAUUUCAGGGUAUAUUUUGGUAUUUUUCUAAUUGGCCAUGUAUAUGUUUGUUUACUCUACUAGAAACUGUCAUUUGUUUAAGUUAUCAAAAAUGCUAAGUAAUUGUAGCAGCUGGUUUGAAUUGUGUUUAAUUAUUUAAGUUUGAUAUUCUCUUUAUCUUGAUAGUGCAACCAAGAUAUUUGUGAAUGGUUGUUGGGUAGGAAUCCACCGAGAUCCAGACCAGCUGAUGAGUACACUAAGGAAACUCAGGAGACAAAUGGACAUCAUUGUGUCUGAGGUACAGUGCUCCUUGUACAAUAAAAAGUUAAAUUAAGCUUUCGGGGCUGGAAAAAAAUAACUUGAAUUCAAGCUUGUCAUUAAUUUGGUCAAGCAACUCUCACAUUUUCUUGCCUGACUUAGCAGCGUGCAAAGAAACUACUGUCCGAUAGCCCGGGGCUAGUGGAUUUUGCUGUUGGGCUAGUGAAUUCUGUUUUUAACUUGCCUGAUGGGCAAGUGAUGUUUUAUGAGGAAUUUGAAUAACAGAAGAACAAAAAGUUUUUGGGGCUGGUUGAAAUGACGUCUGGGCUAGUAAAUGCUAGCUUCAGCUUGCCCGAAUGGCAAGCUGGAAAAAUGAUUUUCUUUGCACCCUGCUUAGGUAACGAUUUUGUCAGAGGAUGAUUUGGCUGGACUCCUGCCUAUUUGCCUUUUUGGCAAGUAAACUUUAAAAAUAAAGUGUCCUGCCCUAGUUUAUCCAAUGGGAUACUGCUGUAUUUGUAACAAUUUUCCAGCUUCUUAAUUCCAUGGCCUGAGACAGUGGGGGUAUUACAUGUAGUUUUUUUAGGCCUGAGAUGAUUCAUAUCUAGGGUGUGAUUUGGGUUCCACACAUCAGGUCACCCAUAGAUCUCUGAUACAGUAUGCCUUCCAGUCAUCUGAAAGGUUUGAGUUUCAUUUGGGACCCUUUUUUCAUGACUAAUAUAUUUAUGCACAAACAUCACCAUGUUUGUGUAUCAUUAUUAAAAGGUAUUUUAACAGUUGUUGUGUCAAAUCUUAAUCAUGUGGAUUUGAAAACUACUUUACUAGAUUCUCAAGUUUAUUUCUGCCUUGAAUUUUCUCAGGUUUCGAUGGUGAGAGACUUCAGAGAAAAGGAGAUCAGGAUCUACACUGAUGCUGGUCGAAUUUGCCGUCCUUUGUUGAUUGUCGAGAACCAGAAAUUGUUGUUAAAGAAGCAUCACAUUGAUCAGUUGAAGGAAAGAGAGUAUAACAACUACAGGUGGGUGACUAUCCUGUACAGUUUUCGGAUGAUAAUAUGAGGCUUUGGGAUUUCUGCAGUUAUCAAGGUCAAGGUACAUGUAAGUGUUAUGAAAUUAAUUUUGGCCUUGACUGACCUUGGCUAUUCUUGGUUAUUUGGUGCUUCUAAAGCAAAGACCCAAAAAAUGAAGACGUAAGACCCAUAAACUAAAAUGAAGACCAAGUUGACUAAGACAAAGACCCAUGGACUAACACGAAGACCCAUGGACUAAAACCGGUCCAGACAAUCUGCAAGCCAGCAAGCCAUGCGAGCCAUGGGAAAAAUUAGAGGUUUAUGAAAUUGUAAAAAUGUUCCCUGGCUAGUUCCCUACUGGUAUGUGAGAAAUUGCUCUGGAAUACGUGAUAAGGGUUAAGCGCUUUAUGGAUUAGGGUUAAAUGCUGUUUAGGGUUAAACAGUUUUUUACAGAUGAGGGAUAAGUGCUUUUUAGGGUUAAACACUUAUUUAGAAUGGUUAGGUUUUGUUUAUUUUUUUUGUCGCAUUACUGCUUUUUCUUUUGCAUGACGCGCUGGCUCGCACUGUGUCCUAACUCGACUAAAACGAAGACCUAGUGGACUAAAAUGAAGACCCAUGGACUAAAACAAAAACCUACUGGACUAAAACCAUCAAACAUCAGACAUCUGACAUUGAACAUCAGACAACUGACAUCGGGAGUCAGACAUCGGACAUUGGACAUCAGACAUCAGACCUCAGACGUCUGCAAUCCGACAUCAGACAUCGCAUGUCUGAAGUCAGACAUCUGAUGUCCAAUGUCUGAUGUUCUAUUUCUUAUGUCCAAUGUCAGACGUCUGAUGUCCAAUGUCUGACGUAUGAUGUCCCACUUCUGAUCUCUGAUCUCAGACGUCUGAUGUCUUAUGUUGUAUGUCUAACGUCUGAUGCUUGAUGUCAAACGUGUGAUGUCUGAUGUCCACUCUGAUGUUCGAUUUCUGAGGUGUGACGUCAGAUAUCCAAUGUCGGAUGUCCAAUGUCAGACACCUGAUGCCCCAUGUCGUCUGACGUUUGAUAUCCCUAUUGACUUCCUUUCCACCUAAGUGACCUACUCUUUCAUUUAUUGUAAAUAAUACCUUGUUCAAAGCAAUGAAAAGGUAUAUUAAUGAGAAGUAAUAACACUUAUUCUUUGCCAGCUGGCAGGACUUGGUCGCUGGUGGAAUUGUAGAAUAUAUUGAUGUGAAUGAAGAAGAGACUGUGAUGGUAUCCAUGACUCCUGAUGAGCUGGUGAUGAAGGGGCAAGGAUACUGUUCAACAUACACUCACUGUGAAAUCCAUCCUGCAAUGAUCUUAGGAGUCUGUGCAUCCAUUAUUCCAUUCCCUGAUCACAACCAGGUCUGUUCAGUUAUCCAAUGAAUUUUACAUAGCUUUCUUGCAAAAUUCUCAUGGUGUGAAAGUACUACCCCCCCCCCCCCUUCCAAAGUUGCUCACAGGCUGAAAUUUUACAGGGUAAUGAUCUUAACCCUUUUCACUUCCAAAAUUGUCCAAAGUUAUCACUUCUAAAAUCACUUUUUGAAAAAUAGUGAAAAAAAUGGUACCAAGCGAAAGUACUGCCAAUUAGGUUUCAUUUGAAUGGCAAUACCGCACGAUUUUUGUCUACGGACUCAAACGUUAGGAUCACCUUAUGAGAAUCUAUCUUAUUAUAUAAACGCCAAUGAAAUACCAGGUGAGCUUUCGCGCGAAAACUUGAUAUCUUCACAUGUGAAAAUAACAUGUUAUCUUCACAUGUGAAAAUAUCACCUUUGCUAUGGCUACAUAGUAAAUCGCGCCUUUCCCACCCAAAAACUAUGAAAGUGAAAUGGUUUGGUAUUUCAUUGGUGUUUAUAUUAUAAAUAGAAUAUUUCACUCGUUCGCUGUGCUCACUCGUGAAAUAUUUUUCAACACUCGAAGAGAAAUUUCGUAUCUCCGCGCGGCCAUGUAAUAUCGUCCAUAUUCACUAAGGAAGUAAACUAGUUAGUUUUGGGCGAAGCUGGCAUAUCGACUUCAGAUAUUGACUUAAAGCGAAGGCACAUAUUAGUCCGGGCAAAUUAAUUAGUUAGCGAUCGAAGCAUCUUUGCUAAUUAGUCAAUCCAUCUCAUACACACUUUUUUAUUUAAAAAGUGAGCAAGUAAAGUGUCUUUUUGAAUUGGGUUGAUUUCAUUUGACUUCGGGUUUAUCUAUCAGCAGUAUUUUUAGUGAAGGAUUUUGUGUUCUCGUUUUUAUUUUACAGUCCCCACGUAACACUUAUCAGUCUGCUAUGGGAAAGCAAGCCAUGGGUGUUUACAUUACAAACUUUCAUGUUCGUAUGGAUACCCUCGCGCAUGUGUUGUACUACCCUCAGAAGCCGCUGGUCACUACACGCUCCAUGGAGUAUCUCAGGUUCAGAGAGCUGCCUGCUGGUGAGUUCUUGUCGUUUGGAGCGUGAAUAUUCGUAUCCUGCGCCGCAGACGAAACUAAACUUCUGGUUCACCAGGGUUAGGUCAUGUCUGCAACACAGGCUAAAAGAUUCAUCAUUCUGGUGUGGGGAUUGGUCCUCAAAAAAAUGUCUGGUGAAGUCUUGAAAGGAGAACACAGUUGAGCCCCAUAUAACUGCCGCCUGUACUUAAUGUUGCACAAACAUUUACUUUUAUUGAAACUUCCGUGUGAUGGUCACAACAACGACAUAGCGGCAACAGUGAGCAUUCCACUGUCCCAAAUUAGAAAUGCAAUAAAUACCUCGGACACCUUUUACUUGGGCUAUUUUUACGCUAUACGGAUAGUUUUUGCGCCGGCACGAAAGCCGUACCCGAUAGGGCUUCUGUUCACACAUAAGAACGGUGAUCGCGGCGCGAUUUCUGUAACGGAGCGAAGGUGCGCUGCGGCGAUCUCUAACGUGGAGUCUUAUAUCAGAUAGGCGGUCAUACUAUAAAGUGUUUUCACAUGACGUCACGGCGGCCAUAUUGGUGUCCCUAACCAAUCCUGUGGGAGUUGAACUCUUUUCUUAUGCAAACGCUUUCUUUCUUUCCAAUAAAUUUGCAUAGAUGCUGGUCACGUGAGUGAAAAGGCUCUAUGCCGGAUGGUUGGCAUUAGGUAACAUCGGCUAAGUCAGUCAGAUAUUUUCUUUCAGUAAAGUUACAUGAAGAACAAGUCCAAAUUUACUGUGUAAUAUAAAAGUGAAAUAGAAAAACUCCACCGUGAUGCUUUAUAGCCUACAUCCAUAUCCCCUACACCAUCGAGGACUAUCUGCUAAAUCCAGUUAUUUUUAAAAUAUACAUGUUCUUAUAUAUGCCGUACCCCAUUACAAUAUUUGAAAGCUAACCGUUUUCAGUUCAAUGCUUAACCCUAAUCACUGCAGAUCAGUGCUUAACUCUCUACUGUGUUCUCUCCAUAACUUGCGCUCUCUAGUUUUGGUUUCUUCAGCUAUUCUAGCCUCAUUCUACAUUCCAGUCUCGUUCCAUUAUGAAAGUAAUGCGUUGUGUAAAAUUCAUAAGGUGUCCAAUCUGGCUUCACUCGAUGUUAUCUAACGCUAAGCAUGCCGGAUACGAAUAGCUUUUUGUGUCGUUACGAAAAGCUUUCCAGUAUAGUGUGAACUUACUCUUAAUGAAAUGAACCUAACAUAAGAAAUGUUUGGGCAAAGCUUAACAGCAUUGGCAGUCAAGCAAAUUGCCACCCAUUUCCACAUGUACAGCUGAGAUGGAACAGUCACCUCGCCACUAGACCAGACCAUCUCGCUACCAACCAAAUCACCACCAGUAAGUCUACUCGCCUCGAACUAAUACACAGACUUGUCAAGGAUUGUAGCUGAUAGCAUUCCCAUUAAAAAUUCAGGCUUGUACGGGAUUCGAACCCUUGACCUCUGCGAUACCGGUGCAGCGCUCUACCAAUUAAGCUAACAAGCCAGCUGGGAGCAGUCGUUGUAAACCUGUGAAAGGAUGAUGAGGUCAAGGGUUCGAAUCCCGCACAAGCCUGAAUUUUUUUCAGGCUUUCUUUUCGCAGCUGCAAAAGUUGCGUAUAUAACUAUGAUGAUUAUCCUUCAUUUAAUUCUUCACUCCGUAGUUUUUAUAUAUGAUUUUUAUAUAUUCAUAACUUCAUCAUCAUCCUUUCACGGGUUUAUAACGAACCAAUUCAACGAGCUGCUCCCAGUUGGCUUGUUGGCUUAAUUGGCAGAGAGCUGCACCGGUAUUGCCGAGGUGAAGGGUUCGAAUCCCGUACAAGCCUGGAUUUUUUUUCAGGUUUUCUUUUCGCAACUGCAAAAGUUGUGUAUAUAACUGCGAUGAUCAUCCUUCAUUUAACAUUUUUACUUCUUUCUCAAUCUUAAUCAAAUAUGGCGUCGACCGAAAUACAAAUCUGUUGAUCUCAACUUCUCAGGUAAGGUGGAAAGCAUCAAAUAAGUGCGGGAACCAAUAUACACCGAACGGUGGCCAUUUUGUAUGCUGUAUGCAGUGACCGUUUUUGAGAGUCUGUUAUCAUCUUACCUGUCCCUAAGCAUAGCACUUCUUUUUGUUUACUUUGUAGGGAUCAAUGCCAUAGCAGCUAUUGCAUCUUACACUGGUUAUAAUCAAGAGGACUCGGUUAUCAUGAAUGCUUCAGCUAUUGACAGAGGUUUAUACAGGUAAGUAAACCAGAUUCCCGUUCUAAAUUUACUCGUAUUUUCUAAUUGAAUAAUAAAAUAAUUUGUCUGACGAUCUAAAGUCUCUUUGGGUCUUUGAGAUUAAGCCCUUCAAUUUGUUUUCCUUUUAUAGGGAUGAAUCUCUGACGUCUCCAAAGAAGCCUAACAACUUUUUUUGUAUUAAUCUGACAUUUUUGUUUACUUUAUCAGGUCUGUAUUUUACCGCUCAUACCGAGAUCAAGAAUCUAAGAGAGGAAUGGAUCAAGAAGAAACUUUUGAAAAGCCAACAAGAGAUACAUGUCAAGGUAAGGUGCUGAAAUUCAUCAUUAAUUUUUCAAGAUCGGUGGGCUUCGAUCUCUUUUAGUAAAAGAAAAAAGGAGAAAAUGAAUUGUGAAGGAGCAGGAGGAAGAGUGGGGUGAGAAAAAAAAUUGUGUUGCCUUCCUCAAAGUAAUAAGAUUCCUCCUCAAAUAAAGGCCGAAACGUUACGCCCUAUACUAUUUCAUUCCUUCAGUUGUUGCCUCUGUCUGAAGGGGCAGCAUAAACUGGGGUCUCCUUAAUGUUUUUUUUUUCAUUGUUUUCACUUCUUUUUAUUUUUCCUGUCAUACCAUUUGGAGGGGUCACAAGUUUGCCCGCUAACUCGCUCGCGCGUUCAAUCGCGGCGCGUUUUGCUUGCCAGAAAAGGAGAGCUUGCUCACAAUCUAAGGAAGUGGCAAAUAACUGGGCUAUGGUUUUUCUCAUAGCAGUGAUCUUACAAAUAUGCCGCACAGUUCUUCUUGAACUUACCAAGAGCAUACAGAUGACACACUUUAGGGCAUCGCAUGACACUCAACAGUUUCAAAAACUCUCACUUUCAAAACGAGGCAAAGUGCAAAAACUUUGUUGCGAAAAUGAGUUUAAUUUGUAUGAGAAAAAAAAAUCAUUUUCAUGUUAAUGGCUUUGUACUUAGUCUCGCUCUGAAUCAGAGGCUUGAGGCAACUCGGAAAUGGCCUAUUGAACAUUUUACGGCAACAGGAAAAAGCCACGUUGUAGAUUAAAUCCGGUGUCUCAUCCCUGAAAUCUAAAUUGUGAGGGCAUUUUUCCAGGCAUGCGUAAUGCUGUGUACGAUAAGUUGGACGAUGAUGGACUUAUUGCACCAGGAACUCGAGUGAGUGGUGAUGACGUCAUUGUUGGCAAGACAACAACUCUUCCCGAAAAUGAUGACGAGGUAAGUUGUAAAUAAAGCACGGGGAGAAAUAAAUCAGACUCAAGUAAGAGGAUUUCCAGGCAUUAGAAAAGGGUAGAAAAGAGGGUUACAACCAAGUUGAUUUAAUUUAGACUGACUUCGAGGUGUUGAGUUAUUCCCAUCUUCAGAAACUCCAGGGAGACUGGGUAAAAAACUUUAAGAGCAGUGAUUUCUGGGAUCGUUUGGGUGGACAAGCGGUAGUUAUGAUUAGUCGAUGGUAUUCAAGGUAACCGUUAACCAAUCACAAGCAACGCUUGCCACCCAAACGAUCCCAGAAGUCGUUGUGCCGAAAGCUUGUACAUAUUCCCUUUAUAGUUUCUAUAUAGUCCUAUUGGACUGCAACCCUGUUUUAAUCGUUUGAUAUGGCUUCUCAAAAGAUCAGUAGUUCUUUUGACAAUUCAGUCCAAAAUUUUGUGGUAUGAUGUAUUCGGUGUCUGGUCUUAUUUCAUUUCAGUGUUUUCGGUUGUUUUGUCUUCAGGAAUUAUUUAUGAGUUUUUCAACGGUUAAUUGAAGGUCUAAUCAGUUGAGGAAGCAUGAAUGCUUAGAUUUCCGUUGGGUUGUUAGUUUCUGUUACCAGAUAUAAAGACUAACCGGCCACAUAUUAAUCAGGAAAGGCAUGGCACGCUUGUGCAGUCGGCAUCCUGUGUGCAUGCACAGCUUCUGUGGAAAGAAUAUUGCUUCUUUUUGCUAAUAGAACAUGAUAUAAGAUAUAACCUUUAGCUAUCAAAAUGACAGACUUUAAACGCCAUCAUGGUGUAAUAUUUCAGCUUGAAGGAACAACGAGACGUUUUACCAAGAAGGAUUCCAGUACUUUCCUGCGUCCCAGUGAAACGGGCAUUGUUGAUCAGGUGCAUAACCUCUCCUUUACAAUCGUCUUUAGCUUGUCUUGUUAUUCUUGGUCUGCGAGAUGCUUUGAUUGUCUGUUAAUUCGAAUGUAAUAGCCUUCCAUUUUUUUUUCAUUUUUCCAUUUUAUACACAGGUUGUAAUACAAUUGCAUCCUUUUUUCAGGUUAUAUAUUCAUUCAUUUUUUACUCAUUAAAGCGUUUUAGAAGAUGUUACGAAGGCAACGGCAACAGCAACGACAAAGUUAAAAGCCAUAGUUUUAUUGAACAAAACAACUCAGUGCACCUGCAUCAUACUUCAGCUUCCCUGUUUAUUCGGGGAAAUGUAGUUAUAAUACCCCUCAUGGCAAACUUUGGUGAUCUUGUUUUUUCUUUAUUUUAUCGUUUUUGUUGUUGUUGUUUUAUUGACUUGAUAAUGGUUAAUGGCAGCUGGGGAUGUGAAACUUGUGUGGUAAACGUUUACUAAUACUGACUCUCUUUUUCUUCUCUACAAGGUUAUGGUAACAAUUAAUCAAGAGGGUUACAAGUUCACCAAAAUUAAGGUAAUUAUCUCUGACGUUCCGAUCUGCAGAAUAUACAUUGUGAAUAUCGAUCUACCGACUGAGCUGAUAUCGUUUGCACAUAUCAGUACAUGACUACUCCGCCUUUUAUUUCAGUGGGGCCUUGCCUCUCCAGUCUUGCUCAUAGGGCUACUGUAUUCCACUACGUCAUAAUUCAUCAAAACCGUUUCAGAAGAGCGGAACCUGGGACCAUAAUGAAAGGAACUCCGGGAAUGAAACGCGUGAUAAUUAUAUAGUGGCGCGUCAAGAUUAAAAUUCCCAUUUGUUUCUAUUUCUUGUUUUUAUGCCCAUGUGCUAAAGGCCCCAUUCUCUGCCUAGGUUCGAUCCGUUCGUGUUCCCCAAAUUGGUGACAAGUUUGCCAGUCGACACGGUCAGAAAGGUACAUGUGGAAUAACAUAUCGCCAAGAGGUAAGCUCAUUAGAAACUUGUAUUAUUGACUAGAUCUUGAGUCCCGCCUUACCUACAAGGUGCAAAUUUUAUUUGGUGUAACCUUUUUUUGUUUUGCAGGACAUGCCGUUUACUUGUGAAGGAAUCACCCCUGAUGUGAUCAUCAACCCCCACGCUAUCCCUAGUCGUAUGACAAUUGGUCACUUGAUCGAGUGCCUGCAAGGAAAGGUAACACGUCAAAGAGUAUCUCUGUAGCCUGCUAUAGUCAGCCGCCUCUCAUCGCUACCCAUCGCUGAGGGUCGCGAAACGUACCUAGCAACGUGGUGCGAUGAAAGGCGAUUGUAUUCAUUACUACUCGAUGGUGGUUCGUCUUAUAACAUCAAGUACAUGUAAUGCGAUUUUCACCUCCCCAAGUAGAACUUAUUUCUUGUUUAAUGUAGAAAUAGUAUUAACUCUCAGUCACUGUUUUAUGCUUGUAAUGGCUGCUGCUUUCUAAAUAAAGUGACAGUUGUUAAUCAGUAAGCAUUAAAAGUCGUAACUCACUCAUAGGCUAGUCUGACUCUCCCAUCCGUGCUAUUUAUCGAGACACCCAAGAUGGGACAUCUCGUGUUGUAUGAGGUCAAAAGACAAUCAAACAGUUCAAAGGGCUUUCCGACGAUGUUAAUCUGACCCGAGUCUUUGACAGAGAUUCCGCCUUAUUCCCUUGGUUAUCUGUAUUUCCUUUGAAUAUUAUCCUUUCGGAGAGGGUCGGUUUGAUUGUUUGAAAGUAUACGUGACACUUCGAAAAAUCUCCUUUUGAAGCAUUUGUAAUAAUUACACUGAUUAUCGGUAGGUGUCCGCAAACAAGGGAGAAAUUGGUGACGCUACGCCUUUUAAUGACGCUGUGAACGUUCAGAAGAUAUCUCAACUGCUCAACGACUAUGGUUACCAUCUGAGAGGUAACGAGGUAUGUGAUGUGUCGUCACGAAACGGGUCAACUGGUAUUAUUUUGAAUUAUAUUUGUGUAAUUGUCUUGUUUAUUUUAUAGAGCUUGUGUAUUUGUUUCUUGCAGGUGUUGUAUAAUGGUUUUACGGGUAGAAAGCUGAACGCCCAAGUUUUCUUGGGUCCAACUUACUAUCAGCGUUUGAAGCACAUGGUGGACGACAAAAUCCAUUCACGUGCCAGAGGUCCAGUCCAGAUCCUUACGAGACAGCCUAUGGAGGGAAGGUCACGGUAAGCAGAAAACUGUGUUCACACUUGAACUGUGACUCGAUUAAGAUAUGUUCCCUUAAAAAUUUCAUGAUCUAAAUGUGAUAAUUUGAUUUGGGGCGGGGGGUAGAAGGUUACAAUGUGACUCUUUUUACCGGCGCCACCUAGACAAAGUUGACCACAUUUUAGACUUGAGGUCGCAUGUUUAUUGCAAAGUGCGGCGAUGGUAGCGAAGAAAUUGCUGGUAAAUGAUACAAUCAUGAUAACAGCUUGUUCAAACAAAUAUGUCUCCAGAGCUGAGUUGCUCAAAACAUGGUUAGCUUUAAGCAUUGGUCACCGUUAAGCAGUAUCAAAACCAAUACGUUGUCAAGGUAUUAAACGCUGGUUAACGCUAGCUAUGCUUCGAGCAACUGGGCCCUGGGCGUUAGUUUCGAACAGAAAAACAUUUUUUUUUUCAAAUAUACAAACACAGUUUGGAGAAACAAUUUGCUUUCUUGAAAAACUUUUGGUGUCAAUAUUUGAAUUUUGUGCUUUGGGCAACUUAUUGUUUUUUACGAGCUGCUGAUUGGCCCACAAACAACUUUCUUGGAAUUUAUUGUUAUUUUCCUGUAAUCUGAUUGGUCAGCUUUGUCUAGGUGGCCCCGGUUACAGUAGUCGCAUUGUAAGUAUACAUGUAUACAGUUCUAAGUGGAGCUGGGACCGAUGUUUUAUGGCGCGUUUUUAAGACCGUGAAGAGCGCUUAAAAGUAGUGUAUAGCGGGGGGAUUUCUAACAAACUCUGAGGAGAUUGUGUGUUGUAAAAGCCUUGUAGGUUGGAUGUCUCAAAAUAAUGUGAAGUAGAAAUUUAUUAAAGAUGCCAAACCCAGAGUUUUUUCAUCAGAUAUUCUAAAGCUUUUACAUUCUUUCCUUUAAAUAGAACCUUUUAUCUGAAAAGAUACGCCAUCUCCGUGCAAAAGUCCGGGUAAAUUAUUAGAACCCGUAGCCGUAAAUACUGGUUGUUUGCCUCUUACCCCGGACAAACGGCAACGGAACUGUGAUGCUAUUAUCACAUCUGGGAAACCAUGGUUUAUAAUUAGGGUAAAGUGCAUCGCAGGCGUUAACGAUCGAGUUAUUGCGCGCAAGCUGUAUCGAGAAAAAAGUAAAUGGAAGUAAGUGGAUGGGGAGGACUGAAGUGGGAAAAGUUUCCCUUCUCUCCUUCCCCCUUCCUCUUAAUUUCCCUUUUUUGUUCUCGACUAACCCGCGCGGAAAGGCUUGCGACGCAGGCUAUAAACCACGUGGUAAACAUGUUAGCCUCCCCCCGUCUCGGUAGAGAGAAACGGUGUAUCUUAAGUUUCUUAUCACUGAGUAAGGAAUUUAAGUAUUAGCAACUUAUGUGGACAUGUGUCGAUCUUUAGUGAUGGUGGGCUUCGUUUUGGUGAGAUGGAGCGUGACUGUAUGAUCGCACAUGGUGCAGCACAGUUCCUGAAUGAGCGUCUGUUUGAAGUAUCUGAUCCCUACAGCUGUCACGUGUGUAACCUGUGUGGCCUUAUCGCUAUCGCCAACUUACGGAAUAACACGUUUGAAUGCAGGGGCUGCAAGAACAAGACUCAGGUAUAAAAAGAAACACUUAUAGAGUGUUUUCGCAUGACGUCACGGCGGCCAAAUUGGUGUCCCAAACCAAUCCACUGGGAGUUGUACUCUUUUCUUAUGCAAACGCGUUCUUUUGUUCCAAUAAAUUUGCGUAGAUGCUGGUCACGUGAGUGAAAACACUCUAUACACACAAACAAUUAGUUCAGGAACGAAAAUUGCUGCCUUCUUAAAAAGCUGAAACUUGUCUUCGCGUUGAUUUAGUUCCAAUUAAUAGUGGUCCAGAUUAUAUUUUGGCAUUGAAACUGCUUCCUGUCGUCUGUUGCUAUGGACGGCUAGGAUGGACAUCGAUUGAAACUUACAUAAGUUGGGCCUAUGUUUUCAGGCUCCGAAGCUUUGAAGCUUUGCCUGUAAAAAUUGCUCCCUGGUGGAAUGUGUUUGCUAUCUUUUUCACAACUGUACAGGAGAAGGAGAAAUGUGUGUAUUGUUUAAAGCACUAAGUAAUGAUUUAAGCCCCUAAUUGACCUAAACCAGCAAUAGCUCCCUUGACAAAGCCUUGUGAAGGUGCACUGAGUACAGUGUAAUAACAGUCAAACCCCGUUAAUAUGGACACUGAGGGGGUCACAGAAAGUGUGUGUAUCAACGGGCUGCCCGUACUAAUGGGGUUGAAUUUAGAGAAAAUGUAAAGGUUUUCUUUCGCCAGGGACAAAGAAAACUGUCCGUAAUAAUGUGGUGUCUGUGUUAAGCGGGCUUUGACUGUACUGACAACGCUGAAUUACGGUCAGUCUUGUUGUUUGCAAAGAUACGACUCAGAAAUCAUACAAUUCCUACCUCUGUAAUCCAGUCCCCUUCGGGGGACCACUUGUCUCUCUCCCGUUGGUGCCCGUAUUAAGGAGCUACAGACUACAGUCAAACCUAUCUACAAAGUUAGUCAUAAAGGGCAAAACUUUUUGGUAUGGUCAGGAUCGAGAAUACGUUUUUGUUGUUGUUGCUUUUUUGUCUCCUGGAGCUGCGAAAAAAAUCAAAUGGACUCUAUUAUGCGGCACCUUCUGUUAAGCAUUUUUGUUCUAGUGCAGGGACCAAGGACUCAAUUGAUUCCAAUAAUGACUAAUGACGAGCUGUGUUGGUUGUUUUAAACAGGUAUCCCGUAUACGCAUGCCAUACGCUGCCAAGCUUCUUUUCCAAGAACUUAUGUCAAUGAGUAUUGCCCCUCGGAUGAUGGUGAACGAGCAAGUCAAAUGAACGAUAAACAUCCUGUACUUUCCACUACAUUAGUAUCUAUCCCUUAGAGAGGCCGAUCAAGCUGAGCUGUACAAAAGACACACUGGGUAUGAUUUUUUUUUUCGAACUGUACUCAGCACAUUUUCCCUUUGUGGA